AUGGCUGAGGACCAAUCCAGAGUUUCGUUUGCCCCGAGCAGCGGCAGCAACACAGAUAUCUAUGGCUUUCCACCCGAAACCUUCACCACCGAGGACCUGCCCGACUUCGACACAAAAUUCCUUGACGACGCCGACCUCGCCGCCUUCGUACACGCCCUCCAGGCCCCCGAUCCUCUGCAGACCCCCGACGACACGACAUCUCUGCGAUCCCCGGGCCUGAGGAGCACCAGCUCACUUGACGUUACUAAGCGAGGGUCCGUCUACGAAUAUAGAGAUGACCCGCAGGCUGUUGCGGCGGCUGCUGCCGCAGCCGCCGGCGAAGUCACGGCGCCCGGUCCGGCGCUUGGCCGCUCCUCUGGCAACGGCGGCGCGUACAACGGCUCGACGACCCAGCACAACAUGUUCAUCACGGCGCAGAACGACUGGGCGCCCGUGAACCAGAAGAUACUUAAAAGGGGAUCCCGCAGGCGGAGGAACAGGGCCAAGGGCGCCGCCGAGACCCUCCUAGGCACGCGCACCAAAGAUGAGACUCGCGAGGGCAUCUUCUACGCCCUGCUCAAGUGGCCAAUGCUCUUCUUCGUCGCCGCCUGGCUCUCGGGCUUGGCAAUGACGUACCUCUACACGCGGCUGUAUAUCUGGGUCUACGAGCACUUUGUGACCUGGCGCGGCACGCGGGAAAGGCUCCGUCGGAGCAUGCGCCGGACCAACAACUACCGGGACUGGGUUGUGGCGGCCAAGGAGCUGGAUAGCUACCUCGACCGGCAGCGCUGGAAGGAGGAGAACGAUUUCGCCUACUACGACUCCAAGACGGUCAAGCGGGUGUGGGAACAAAUGCGCAAGUGCAGGCAGCGGGCCGAGGCGCAGGAGAACGGGGAAACCGACGACCAAGGCCAGAACAAGCCCCAGGGCAGACCCGCUGUCGAGGAGCUUCAUGCCCUGCUGUCGGCUUGCGUGAAGAGCAACUUUGUCGGCGUCGAGAACCCUAGGCUGUACAGCCAGACGUAUUAUGGCACCAAGAACCUGGUACAGAACUUUGUCGACGAAGUUGAGAGGAGCAUCAAGUUCGUCCUUAACACGAAGCAGCUGUCGAUGGAAGAGAAGCGGUCCAUCUUCAAGGGCAUGCACACCAACUACGGACGGACAGCUCUUUGCCUUUCUGGCGGUGCGUCAUUCGCUUACUACCACUUCGGUGUCGUCAAGGCUCUCCUCGAGGCUGAUCUUCUGCCGGACGUUAUCACCGGCACUAGUGGCGGCGCCUUGGUCGCUGCGCUGGUUGCGACCCGCACCAACGACGAGCUGAAGAAACUGCUCGUCCCCGCGCUCGCCCAUCGCAUCACGGCGUGCCGCGAGACAUUCUGGACCUGGAUCCCCCGCUGGUGGAAGACGGGCGCUCGCUUCGACUCGGUCGACUGGGCCAAGCAGUGCAGUUGGUGGACUCGGGGGUCAAUGACCUUCCGAGAGGCCUAUGAGCGGACAGGCCGUAUCCUGAACGUCUCCUGCGUGCCCGCCGAUCCGCAUUCGCCCACUAUUUUGUGCAACUACCUCACCAGCCCCGACUGCGUCAUCUGGUCGGCCGUGCUCGCAUCCGCCGCCGUGCCCGGCAUCCUCAACCCCGUUGUGCUGAUGAUGAAGCAGCGCGACGGGACGCUGGUGCCCUACUCAUUCGGCCACAAGUGGAAGGACGGUAGUCUGCGCACCGACAUCCCGAUCAAGGCACUCAACCUGCAUUUCAACGUCAACUUUACCAUUGUCAGCCAGGUCAACCCGCACAUCAACCUCUUCUUCUUCUCAUCCCGCGGGUCCGUCGGGCACCCGGUCACGCACCGCAAGGGUAAAGGCUGGCGUGGCGGCUAUGUCAUGUCAGCAGUUGAGCACUAUCUCAAGCUCGACAUGACCAAGUGGCUUAAGUUCAUCCGGCACGCCGAGCUGCUGCCGCGACCACUGGGACAGGACUGGUCCCAGCUCUUCCUGCAGACGUUCAGCGGCACCAUUACCAUCUGGCCCAAGACGGUGCCGUCGGACUUUUAUCACAUUCUCUCGGACCCGGACCCGCCGCGGCUGGCGCGCAUGAUUCAUGAGGGCCAACAGCGCGGGUACCCAAUUCUGAAAUUCGUGGGAAACCGCCUGAAGAUUGAGAGGCUGAUUGAGCAAGGGCGGCGGGCAACGAGGCCGUGGGCCCGGAGGGGCAGCAUCGAGACGAUCCUGAGCGAGGACGACCUCAGGAGCCUGCUCAUCUCGGGCAACACGGACAUUGAGGACGAGACGACGGACGCGGAGGGGGAGACGAUGCUGGAGAAUGAGGAGAACGAGGAGGCUAUUGUUGACGAAGAGGAGGAAUACAAAGACGAGGGAAGGGGGAGGCACGAAAACGGAGACAGGACAGAGUAG